UGGAUUGUCACGUGACCAUACAACCCCAGUAGGACAGAUGACGUUUGUUCGUUGAUGAUGUAGAUCAGCCCUGGCACAUUUAAAGGGCAGCCCCAAGUGUUUAUGGGGGCCCUGGUCACUGAAUACCCAAGCAGCAAUCUUCAUUGGAGUCAAUAGUUUCCCUCCUGUUUAUAAUAUUUUUCCAAAACACCGUUUGAAUUCGGCGCGCCUGGUAAGAUUUAAUGACCAUUAUCCCGGAUUGGAUUUUUGAAUCCAUUUGAAGUACGACCCACCCAAGCUGAGGCAGAAAUUCAAGAGAGUUUGAUUGAUCUUCAGAGUGAUGUAACUGCACGUCGUCAGUUCAGUCCGUUUCAAAAAGAUUUUUGGAUCAAGAGUGAUCUGCCGAAUAAAUUUACAACACUGUGGGAGGAAAAACUUGAAGAUUUUUUAUUGUCUUUCCCUCAACAUGUUUGGUUGAGAGCGGAUUCUACAGGGUAGUUUCCUUGACAAAAUCCAGGAACCGAAUUGAUAUCGCAACAAGAGUGUGUUCAAUGGGAACCAGUGCCACCAGAUUAUACAGUACUCUGGCUCCAACUAUAACUGAUAAUGGAAUUCCACAGACACAGGAGGAGUAUGCAGUAGAGACCAACUUGGAACCAGUUGAUCCAACAGACCCAAAUGACAUCCUCAAAGAAUGUCAGCGGAUCCUUGAAAACCGACCACCCAGACUAAAGCGGGAUUUUCUCCACCUCAGGAAAAGUAGCCAAGCUGGUGACUGUCGUCCAAUCAAGGUCCUUCAGUGGAACAUUCUAGCACAAGCUCUUGGAGAAUGGAAGGAUAACUUUAUCAAAUGUCCAAGAGAAGCUUUGAAGUGGUCAGAGCGUAAGUACCUUAUCCUGGAGGAGAUUCUGACCUACCACCCAGAUAUCCUGUGCCUGCAAGAAGUAGAUCAUUACUUUGACACCUUCCAGCCAGUUCUCAGUGGGUUAGGCUAUCAUUCGACCUUCUUUCCCAAACCAUUUUCUCCUUGUUUGGCUGUUGAGCAUAACAAUGGACCAGAUGGAUGUGCUUUGUUUUUUCUUCGGGAAAGGUUUGAAUUGAUCAACACUGUCACGUUAAGACUGGUGGCCAAGAUGUUGCAGACCAAUCAAGUAGCCAUUAUACAGACACUCCGGUGUAUAGAAACAGGCAGAAUGUUUUGCGUUGCAGUUACACAUCUCAAAGCUUGCAGUGGCUGGGAGCGGUUUCGUACAUCGCAAGGCUGUGACCUACUUCAGAAACUAGAAAACAUAACGGGGGCUGGUAUUCCCCUUAUUGUGUGUGGAGACUUCAAUGCAGAACCCACUGAGGACGUUUACAAACAAUUUACGAAGUCCAAACUCAAUCUGAACAGUGCCUAUAAGCUCUUGAGUGAAGAUGGGCAAUCAGAACCUCCCUUCACCACGUGGAAAAUACGACCCUCUGGUGAGAGCUGCCUUACACUGGAUUACAUUUGGUAUUCCCAACAUGCAUUUGCUGUGAAUAGAUUACUUAAUUUGCCCACUGAGGAACAGAUCGGCCCUAAUCGUUUACCAUCAUUUCAUUACCCUUCUGAUCAUUUGUCGCUUGUUUGUGAAUUUAGUUUUCUUGAUCAACUUGAUGACUCGUUUCAGUCUGUUGCUGGAAGUGAUAAUAAAGUUUAAUCAGUUGAAGAUUUAUUGAAUGUUGCGCCUCACCCAUUAUUCAUGUCCGCACACCCAAUCUCUGUUGAGUUGUUGAUUUUGUGGUAUUCCAACAGGCGCCUCUUUCAGGCCAGGAUUUUAAUGAGAAUACUGCACUAUCUCAGGUACAACUAGUUACAAACCUUGAUUAAAGUACCAGUGAAGUUUCUGAAGUUCCAUUUCUUUAAAACAAUGCAUUAUAUUAAUCUUGUAGUUUGUCUUAAUUUAUUGUCGGUAACCCUUGGUUACCAUUUUGUUUGUGCAAUAAAAACAUGGCUAGCUUUGUUGCUUAACACAAUUUUUCUGACCUAACUGCACUUCUUCACUGCUGACACUGUGACUGCGAAGGAGGCACAUUUACCACGUUAAUAAUUCUCUACAUUUUAGUUGAGUGCAGCCACACACACUGCAUCAUGAACUAUGAUUAACUGCAAUGUGAUCAAGAUAAUGAUGCUGCAUUUAGAUUUGUUGUCACAUACUGUAUAAUUUCAAUUCUUGAAGUACUAAAGGUUAUUUGGUUCAUGUAGCUUCAAGAAAAACAAAAGUUUGGCUUACUGCCAUAAAUUCAACUGUAGCUGGAGAAUGGUUAUGCUAGGGAUCAGAACAGGCUUCAAUGGCACAGUAACCACUGGUAGAGCUUCUGUCUCUGCUCCGGAGAUCUGGACUCAGACCCGACCUCCGGUGCUGUCUGUGUGAUGUUUGCACAUUACUCCGUGAAGGAGUGUGUUUUCAUUUGGGUGCCUUGAUUUCUAUCCACCCAACACCCCCCCCCCCCCUCCCCACCACCACCACCA